AUGCGCUCAAUUCUGCUCCUUCCGAAAAGAGGCAGCCGAAUCGUGAGUUCGAGAGCUUACACGCCGUUCGCUUAUCUUGAACGCUCCGUCGGGGGCUUCGACUUUAGUCGUGGGCAGAGAAGGCUGUUGAGCACUGCAUCGAAAAUCGCUGUGCCUCAACCCUCCAACCACAUGCAGAAGCUAACGGCAACCGAGGUGCAAGGGAAGGUUUUUGCAGCUUGUAUGCGUUCGAAGCCAGCACCAAUGUGUCCCUGUGACAUGCUUUUCGCCGCGCUUGCCGGAUCGAGCUUAACUUUGCCAUGGGUCACCAAGCUUGUGCUGCAAGAUGGAGGUUGCGCUCCGAUCGCACGCAAACGGGCAGAGUAG